AAUAAAUCAGGCCAAAUUGGAAGCCAGACUGUAAUAAAUUUUAAUUUUUUUGUAGAGGAAAAAGAGAAAUUGUAGGUUUGUAACCCAUUUUGAGAAGCAAAAGAAAUUAAAGUCAAGAGCAUCUGGUUCCAAUAUGCCUGCUUUAGUUGUGAGAAUAAGGAAUAGAAAGAAGCAUAUAUAUUUAUAUCUUUACCAAGAUGCUAAUCAGAUACGCCAUUCAGUACAACACAUAUUUCUAGUUUCUCACUCUCUUAACCUCUUAAAUUAAAGUGGUUGAUUAAUAAUUAUUAUUCACUGGUGUGGGGUUCCCCUUAUAACACAGAAUUGACUAACCUUCAAAUGGGACCCUGUCAAAAGUUAGCAUUUGGAUUCUACAUUUUGUGUGUCUUUCUUUAAUCAUCAAAACACGCUAUUUGGGUGCCACACUUUCUAGUUUUUGAAUAGACAAUGCAAUGGACCACAAUUUUCAGGCAUUGGAAAAGUGUACUUCACGUUAAUGUAAAUGAAAUGCAUGCAAAAAGGUGAUAGAUAUAUUGUAGCCUGAUCUGAAAUUGCGUUUACCGUUCAUUCUAUAUAGAGCUAUAGAUUUCUUAAUCCAACACUCUGCAUUCAUUAUGUAUAUAUAUGUUGGUGAUUCCUGCAUAAUUGGCAUAUAGCAGAAACUAAUUAUAAUUAUAAGUACUGCAAAAAAUGGAAGCUUCACUUAAGAACAAAAGAUACAAAAAGAUUAUUGUUUCAUCCCCCACAAACACUACUAUUCAACGUUGCUAUGCUUGCAAAAAUGUUUGUAAUAGUUCUCAGCCUAGUGCAGAAGCAAGGUUCUUUUGCAGAUGGUGUAAAUCUGAGUGUGUAAGUGUAGUUACUUCAAGAACAACUCCAUACCUAUGUUCUACAUGCCACAAUGUUAGUAUUCCAACUCUGGGACAAGAGAAAUCCAGGGAAGUGUGUGGAAUAUGCAGCCAAGUGAAGAAAAUUGGAACAAAAUUUUUCAAACAUGGUUAUCCGGAUAAUCGAAACAAAAUUGGAACUUUGCUAAGCAGAGAAGCACCAUCUUCAAAGGCUUUAUCUUCCUCCUCAUCAUCCUUCCCAGGCAGACAUAGCAAGCGUGCAGUUCUCUGUGGAGUUUCUUACACAAAAAUGAAAUUCAAGCUCAAGGGAACCGUUAAUGAUGCUAACAACAUGAGGGAGUUGCUGAUUAAGAAUUUCAAGUUUCCAAAUGAGUGCAUAAGAGUCCUCACAGAACAAGAGAAGAAUGCUGAUUUAAUACCAACAAAACAUAACAUCAUGGAGUCCUUAAGGUGGCUUGUGAAGGACUGCCAGGCAGGAGACUCCUUGGUCUUUUACUUCUCGGGGCACGGCCUGCAACAACCGGAUUUCAAAGAAGAUGAGAUUGAUGGCUUUGAUGAAGCUCUCUGUCCGGUUGAUUUUAUCAAAGAAGGAAUGAUCAUUGACAAUGAUAUAAAUUCUACCAUUGUUUGGCCUCUCAAGAGUGGUGUCACACUCCAUGCCAUUGUUGAUGCCUGUCACAGUGGAACCAUUCUUGAUCUUCUCUAUGUUUAUAAUCUUGAAAGGAACAUUUGGGAGGAUAACAAGCCACCAUCAAAGGAACCUAUCAGAAAACAUACAAGUGGGGGAGUGGCAAUUUGUCUCAGUGCAUGUGAAGAUAGCCAAUCAGCUAAUGAUAGCACAGUCUUUGGUGGAAAAGGAAUGAACGGUGUUCUUACUUAUCUUCUCGCAAAGGCAAUAAGGGAACACCCUCAAAUAACUUAUGGGGCAUUACUAGACAAGUUACAGAUUGAAAUUAAAAAGAUUAAUAGAAGUAGAUGCCGUAGCAGCAUCUUGCAACGUAUCUUCCAUCGAAAAAUUGUACAGGAUCCCCUUCUCUCAUCAUCAGAGAAAUUUGAUGUUUCUACAAAAAUAUUCGCAUUGUGAGCAUGUAAGAGGAUCUGAAUUGCUUGUUUAUUGCAUAUUCUUUGAUUAAUGUGGAUCAGCAUCUGUAUCUAAUUUGAAGCUUUGCACCAACAACUAUGGUGUAGUGUAAAGUCCAAGUUUUUAUUAUGUUCGGUUCUAAUAAAUUAUUGAAACGUUAUGAAUGAAUGAA